UUGAAUUAUUUUGGAAAUGUUUGGAAAGGUCGAGAUUGGGAUGAGAAAGGUCGGGAGGAACGAGGUUUAACGGAAAGUAAAUAAAAGUUAGGCGAAAUUAACAAUUCUCAUCUGGGAUGGCUGCGAGCGGAGCAUUUCAAUUACCUAAAAAUGUUCCUGAGGAGCAUCAAGAAGAUUUACAAAACAUGCUUUCUAUUAUGGAGGACCACGUAGAGACACAUGGAGAAAACUACCAGUGGUCAUUAAAUGAUUUUGAAAUCGGAGCUCCAUUGGGACGAGGAAAAUUUGGGCGAGUAUAUCUUGCGAGAGAAGUUAAAACCCACUAUAUGGUUGCUUUGAAAACAUUGUAUAAAUUAGAAUUGCACAAAGGUCGUGUUGAAAAACAAGUUAUGCGUGAAAUAGAAAUACAGACACGUUUAAGACAUCCUAACAUCAUACAGUUAUUUACUUACUUCCACGAUGAAAAAAGGAUUUACUUGGUUUUGGAGUUUGCUGCGAAAGGAGAACUAUUUAGAGAAAUGAAGAGGCAACCUGAAGGAAGAUUCAGUGAACCCAGAGCUGCUAAGUAUACGUAUCAAGUGGCAGAUGCACUGGAGUACUGCCACCGAAUGAAUGUGAUACAUAGAGAUAUUAAACCUGAAAAUUUAUUGUUGACGUAUGACGGCAAUGUAAAGUUGGCCGACUUCGGAUGGUCUGUCCACGCUCCAUCUUCAAAGCGUGGCACAUUAUGUGGAACACUGGAUUACCUGCCACCAGAAAUGAUAACCGGGCAAACAUAUGACUUUCAUGUCGACCAUUGGUGUCUGGGUAUCCUUUGUUAUGAGUUUCUUGUUGGUCAACCACCGUUUCUCAGUAACUCGCAGCAAGAAACAUAUGCAAAAAUUAAAGUAUCAUGCAUUCCAUGGCCAGAGCUCAUUUCUCCAGGAGCUAAAAAUUUAAUUUCACGGUUAGUACAACGGAAAAGCAGUGAACGGAUAUCUCUAGCAGCUGUUAAGAAACAUUAUUGGAUAUUAGAAAAUAAGGAUAAACCUAGCAAUUGAGAGCAUGUAUUUUUACAAUUUAUAAUAAGAUUUAGCUUCUUUCUAAUAUUUUAUAUUUAAUGCAUUAUGUACCAAAUAUACGAGCAAUUGUCAUUGAA